AUGGCAGAAAUAGAGGAAGAUAUAAUUAAAAUGACAGAAAUAGAAGAAGAUAGAAUAACAAAAAAGAAAAGAUUAAACUCGCAAAAUAAACCACAACUUUAUGCAUCAAAUAUUAUUUAUGGGGGUAGAGUAUUGUUAUCAGAUAAAUUCGUUUAA